AUGUCAGAUACCGCUCCUACUUCUCCCCUCUCUUACGCCGCCGGGGCGUCCAUCACUUAUGUCACCUACAUGGCGUUACUCGCCAGUGGGGUGGCCAUCGCCUUUUGGGGUAACAACUCCAAAUCAUCGUUUUUAGCCGCCAACAAGACCCAAAAAGCUUUGCCUUUGGCCCUCAACUUCCUCGCUAGUGGUAUGUAUCAAUCCAUUUAA